AUGGUUGCGCCACCAACGUCACAGGUGGCGCCGUUACCGACCGGGCUGCCGUUCCGACUCGUAUCGAAGACGAUUGGUUCCGGCGCGUAUGCUUCUAUCCGAAAAGCGAUCCCUCUUAAUGCUCCCGGACCCGUCAUCGCCAUCAAGUUCAUCAACAAGGACCAUGCAUUCAAAUCGGGUCGUUUGCGCACCAAGCAACUCCAGCUCGAACUCGCCCUUCACGCCUCGGUCUGCCCACAUGACAACAUUAUCCGAUAUAUCGCUCAUGGGGAGGACCCGGCUUGGGUUUGGAUGGCCCUGGAGCUAGCUGAGGGUGGCGAUCUGUUUGACAAGAUCGAGGCAGACGAGGGUGUUGCGGAAGAUGUGGCACAUCUAUACUUUACACAGCUAGUGAGUGCCAUAGGCUGGUGUCACGGGAAGGGCGUUGCACAUCGGGACAUCAAGCCUGAGAAUAUGCUCCUGAGUAAGAACGGCGACCUCAAAUUGGCGGACUUCGGUCUUGCGACACAAUACAUCCAGCAAAAGACCGGCAUCCGCAAAGUGUGUGGCAUGGUGUGCGGUAGCCCUCCUUAUAUUGCACCAGAGAUUCUCGCAGUGGGCAAUGCGAACUUGAAGCGCAAGAAUGGAGAAGAGAAGGUCGGAUAUGACCCACAAAUAGCGGAUAUCUGGUCAUGCGCUAUUGUGUUGUUCGUUCUCCUGGUCGGCAACACUCCUUGGGAUUCACCGGUCAUGGAAGAGAGCUGGGAAUAUCACGAAUACGUGACGACAAAUGGUAGACCAAAUGAUGAGCUUUGGGACAACAUCCCUGCCCAGGCAGUGGAGCUCGUACGAGGUAUGCUCAAUAUCAAACCCACGGAACGUCUAUCUCUCGAUGCGGUCUGCAAACAUCAGUGGUUCACAAGAGCCAAUCCUCACCUUGACAAGAAAGGCAAGGCUGCGAAUCCAGUACAUCUGGCGACACAAAUGCUGGAAAAACUUCGCAUCGACUUCGAUGCACCCAUACAAGCAUCCCAGCGGGAUAGGCGGCGACAGGCCACUCAAGGGGAUGCAAUGGACAUGAGCCAGAGCUCGAGGACAAGUCUUCUAGGUGUAGCUACGACUCAGCCUCCAAUCACUCCGAUUAAUGAAGCCGGGUUUGAGUGGGAGACAAGGUCGCAAAAGCCUGUCGAUAUGCAGCAACGCCAAUCUACUCUGGCACCCAACAUGAGCCUCCAUGAUCUCUCUCAAGACCCGAGCAUGUCCCAAUUCUCCUCUACACCAGGUGUACCCUUCAGUCUCACCCAAGCCGCACGACAAUUCAACGACAUCAUGCCUACACACAGUCUCGCAUGGUUCCCAUCACGGCUCACUCACGCACAGCUCCUGCCUAUGCUAACGUCAGCCCUUGAACAACUAGGCAUGCCUUUCACGCCUCCAUCUGCCGCCGCACUCGAAGGCAAAGAGGAUCCUGUCUCAUUCCGCAUCAAGGUCCUCGAUGCGAACCAGGAGCCUUUACAGGGGCAUCUUGUCGUUGAGCGAAGUUUCCGACACGGGAUGGGGAUGCUAGACGUUCAAUUCAACAAGGCCAAAGGCGAUCCUCUGCGCUGGAGACGCUUGUUCAAGCAUGUGGCCGUCUUGUGCAAGGACGCUAUCUAUUUCGUUCCAGGCACGAGAUGA